GCGGAAGCAAACAAGAAGCAAACUAGCAUGAGGGAAACUCACAUGGUAGCUAACAGCAGGAGGAGAGUUCUCACGAGAAUUGUGUGACAUUUACAAGCACUAAAGUGACGAAAAUGUCCGCAGCGAAAGCAAAAAUGCGUGAGAAGAAGAUGAGGAACCAGCCUGCCAGUGUGCAGUAUCCAUCUUCUUCUCAUGUGGAGAGUAGAGCAGAGACAGAAAACGGUGAAAGAGGAGAUGACCUUCGUGUCACCGGUGGUCAAUCAGAUGCACAUCCUUCUUGGAAGAGGCAGCGGACCCCACCCGUCAGGCACGGAUGGGUUCGUGGACAUCACAAAGGUGGCGGUGGUUACGACACAGAGAUGCCCAACCACAUCACUGCUGGAGCUUUUGCUAGAGCCAGAGCAGCAGAGGUGAGCGCCAUGCUGAAAGCGGCUACCGAGACGACGGGCAGCAGCCACGUGUUUCGGGCUCUGCCCAAGCACAUGAGGCGGCGGGCCAUGAGCCACAACACCAAGCGGCUCCCUCGCAGGCUGAGAGAUGUGGCUAACAGGAUGAGGGAGAAGAGCCUCCAGGCUGGCUCGAAGAAGAAAAAAGAACUGGUGAAGAGCAAGAGCCGCAAAGCUCGCCGUCGCCAUGGGAACUUGCUGCUGGAGUUCAACCGGCGCCAGAGGAAGAACAUUUGGCUGGAGACGCAUAUCUGGCACGCCAAGCGUUUCCACAUGGUGAAAAAGUGGGGAUACUGUCUGGGGGUCAGACCCACAUACAAAUGCUACCGGCCAUGCUACAGAGCGAUGAGCAGCCACUGCCUCCUACAGGAUCUUUCUUAUUACUGCUGCAUUGAGUUAAAGGGGGAGGAAGACAAGCUGCUGGCUGCUCUGACUCAGCUGACAUGCAAGGAGGCUGGUCCGACGUUUGCUGCAGCCAUGUUCCUGUCGGGGGCCAGACAGGGCAGCGUCACAGUGUACCGGGCGGGCCGGUACCCUUCUGACCCCCUGGGACCUGUUGCCUUUCUCUGGAGACCCCAAACACCAGGACUAACCCCCCGACAGCUGUGGAUCUGGGCUCAUCCUGCUCUGAAACAGGAUCUGCUCCCAGAAUUACAAAGCGUGUGCCAAUGUUCCGAGGCCGUGGCGCCCUCUGUUGAACCGGAGGUCUCACAUGCAGAGGCUGAUCCCGCCCCUCAGGCAGAACCAAACCCUGACAAUGAGCUGAAAGCUGGAGCCAAGAGAAAGCGGUGCUGUAAGGAUGCCGGUGAACCUCCUGCAAAGAGGAUUCUGGGAGAUGGAACCAGAUUGCCCACCUCCCCGGUUACCUGGAGGUCCAGCUCAACUGGAAUAGUUAUAAACGAUCUCACGAUGGAGAUGGUACGCUAUCGUCUGAUUGGACCACAGUCUCAUUCUGUGCUGGCAGAGACUUUGGAGGCAGCUACAGUCUGUGAUGAACUGAAGUCUUCUCCCUUCUGGUGGCCUGAGCACUGCAAAGACCGGAGCAACAUGAAGCUCCAUCAGCAACAAACGGAUGUCUUUAAUGUACUGAAAGGCAUCUAUUCAUCUGGAGAGCUCCCCCCGGGAACAGUGCUGGGGUUGACCGUGGACGACCCCCGACUGACUCUGCCCAGACAGAAGGUUAAAGCCGUGCCCUGUGUGAACCAGGACCAAGGUGACGAGAAGAGGAAGCAGUUGAUGUUGAAAGGAGUCCCACUGCAGUGCUGCCAGAGCUUCCUGUGGGAGCGGUCUGUCCGGGAAAACGUCACUGACAACAAGAUAUCUGAGCAGGAGCUGAACAGGAUGAGGAGUGAACUGCUGGUUCCGGGCUCCAGGCUGGGCCCCGGCCCCCAACAGGGCCGGGUCCCCGUCCUCUUGGUUCACCAGCCUGGUAAGCAGGUGGGCGACGAGCUGGGCUCCUGGGGGUCCGGCUGGGACCUACUGCUUCCUAAAGGCUGGGGGAUGGCCUUCUGGGUCCCGCUGGUGUACAGAGGGGUUCGAGUCGCCGGUCUGCACAUGAGUCUGAAACACUCUCAGAACAAAGCGGCUCCCCACUUUCCCCACGAUUAUCCGGACUGCCCCGCAGGAUCCCGCUUUCAGGAAGAGCAGGAGGCCGAAUUCCUGGACACAUUUAAAAGGCGUCCUCCAGCCAAGAGGACCAAUUACAUAAAACAUGGCUGUCUGGCUCCUUUUCGUUGCCCCUGGCAACAGCUGGCAGAGGAGUGGGAGCUCCUGGCGACAGACGGAGGAGCGGAGAGGAAAGGAGAUGGGCAGACCCAGAUGACCAGGAAGAGCCACGAAGUGAUGGAGGAAGUGACAUCACAACAGACUGUAGCUGCAGCUAGUCCUCCGAGCUGCUUCACUGUUCUGAGGAACAGAAAGUCUCUGAGGCUUCUCUCCAGCUGGUGCAGACCCCCGACAUGCAGAGGACAGAGGCGGGGUCACGGGGCAGCAGUGGCGCUCCCUCUCAGCGACUCAGCGGCGACGUCUUUCCAUGCCGCUCACAAGAUGAGUGUAGUGUGGGUGCGCCUGACGCUGCUGUCCAAAGGGAAACCAGAAGCCCAUGCCAUGGUGUGCGCACCGACUGCAGAGGACCUGAAGCUGUUUGGGAAGAGCCCAGAAAGCUGUGGCCCUCAGGAGCCCCCCCACAAAGACCACUAUAAAAGUAGAAUUAACCGCAAGAAGAAGAGCUCCAAGACAGCAACUCCGUCACAAGUAUCAGAUGACCUAACUGCAUCCACAGACCCCCAUUUGCCCUCUGACCUCAUUCUGGGGCUCUGGCCGGACCCUCUGCUGAGCGUGACAUCUCACUGCUCCCGGGUGACGCUGGGCUGGGUCACCCAGGGGGACUUCUCCCUGUCUGUGGGGCGUGGGGAGGCUCUGGGCUUUGUCAGCAUCUCCGGUCUGCUCCACACGCUCCUCAGGCAGCCGCCGGAGCUCAGAGGAACGCUGCUGCUGCGCAACCCCGCCUCCCUGCACUACCGCUUCGUCAGGCUCAACAUCGACGUGUGACUUCCAACGGCCGGACCCGAACAGAACCGAACCGAACCCCUGCACCUUCGUUAAAAAAAAGACUUGCGUAGUGCAGCAGGUGACUGAAUGGCUGGUGAAAGUCACGUGCCUUUACAGAGAGCAUGGCUGAGGCAUCCAAUCGAAGCUGUGUGUAUUACACACCAACAGUAUCAUUAUCAGAAAUGCUUGACUAUGCAGAUCAUGAGAUGAAAAUUGAAAAUGGAAGAAACAUGUUUUAGUUACUCAGGUCUAAUUUCUGUGUUCUUAGAAAGAAAUCUGAUCCCUUCUGCAUCCUUUGUUGAUUAAAGUGUUUUAUGUUGAAGAAAAUACAACUGCAGCUAAGAGCUUUUGGUCAGAAUAAAUGCAAAUAAAAAAAAAAAUCAAAUGAGGUAUUUGUACAUCUUAAAGUUUUAAAGAGUUGUUUAAAAAAAAACAACUUAAGUUGGCCUUACGUACGUUACUCAAGUCUUAAAUGUUGUCGUGGCAGGACUAUUUUAAUCUCAUAUUGUUUUUUAUUUUAUUUUCCUCACAGGACUUUUCUUUCAGGCAAAAGUUUGAGUCAUGCAUGUUCUGUGACUCGAGGCAUUUCAUGCUACUGCUAACUAGCCAAUAGAUCCCAGCUAGCAUUUAGCUAGCUAUUCUGUAUUUAUUAUGGUCAAGUUAUAAUUAUUGCUGUUUGGUUCGAAGACGUUCAUCUUCGCCUUUGGCUCACUUGACAACCCGUUCGAUGCUACGUGUAUUCUGAGGAGAAAAAAAAUAUGCUUGGCACUACGGGGAUACAGCUGUAGAGAGAAUAGGCAAAAUAUGUAAUUUUGUUGUGUAUAUUUCCGUUGUGACACAAGACUUAAAUUUGAGUUUGUCCAAUCUGCAGAAACCCUGAAUAAAUUUGAUGACAAUG